CCGGAGGACUCGGGCAGCCCUAGCCUGGGAGUGCUGCUGUGUCCUGGCUGUCCGGCCUGGGUCGGGAACAGCUGGAGCCUGGACACCCCAUAGGAACUCCACGGGAUGUGAAGGGGGCUGCAGGGAAGCCGGAGAGGGACUCUUGGGAGCAAUUCCAUCUUCAUGUGUAAGCUCUGUAACUUAUUUUCACCAAAUAAGUCCGAGCUGUUGUCUCAUGUCUCCGAGAAACACACAGAAGAAGGGACCAGUGUGGAUGACAUUGUGAUUCCUCUCCAACCUCUAACAGUACCCAGAAACACAAGCAAAGAUGGAGAAGAGCUUCUCGUAGCAAAGAGGAAAAGGGGCAGACCAAAAGGGUCCACUAAGAAGCUUUGUGUGGAUGAAGAUGUGGCAGAAAACAACCCUGUUCCAAGCAAAGAGACCCCAGCUGGGACAGAAGAAGGCCUGGAACCAUCUGAAGUCUCACCAGGCAGCCUGGAAUGCAGGAAAUGCAAUCGGAAAUUCUCCAACACGCGUCAGCUGACUAAACACAUCUGCAUUAUUGUUCUGAAUGAAGGAGAAGAAGAAGGAGAUGGAGGUAAUGAUUCUGACGUUGACCUUGACAGGAAGGAAGAUGAGCGAGAAAAAACUCCCAAGAGGCCCAGAGUUCAGAAAACAGAGAAAACAGCAUCAACUAAGGAGACUGAACAGGUUUCAGGAGCUAAAAAUCCUAUUAUAAGUGUUGUUUUGACAGCCCAUGAAACUAUUCCAGGAGCCAGAAAAAUUGUUCCUCUUGAGGCUUCUCCUCAUGAAAGUGAACCCACAACUCCAGAUACAGCAGUCCAAGACCCAUCACAACGAAAAGGAUAUCAAGAAUAUGCCAUUCAGCAAACCCCAUAUGAACAGGCAAUGAAAACAAGCAGGUUGGGUCCAACUCAGCUGAAGAUUUUCACAUGUGAAUACUGUAACAAGGUGUUCAAAUUUAAACACUCCCUCCAAGCACAUCUGAGGAUUCAUACAAAUGAGAAACCUUACAAAUGUUCUUACUGCAGUUAUGCCAGUGCCAUCAAAGCCAACCUGAACGUUCACCUGCGGAAGCACACCGGGGAGAAGUUCAGCUGUGAUUAUUGUACCUUCACUUGUCUCAGCAAAGGCCAUCUCAAAGUCCAUAUCGAAAGGGUUCAUAAGAAAAUUAAGCAGCACUGUCGUUUCUGCAAAAAGAAAUACUCAGAUGUUAAAAACUUGAUCAAGCAUAUGAAGGAAACUCAUGACCUUCAAGAUAAAAAGGUGAAAGAUGUUUUUGAUGAGCUUCGCUUGAUGACGCGAGAGGGCAAAAGACAACUUCUCUAUGACUGCCAUAUUUGUGAGCGCAAAUUCAAAAAUGAACUGGACCGGGACCGUCACAUGCUUGUUCAUGGUGACGAGAGACCCUUUGCUUGUGAGCUCUGUGGUCAUGGAGCCACUAAAUACCAAGCCCUUGAGCUUCACGUUCGAAAGCACCCUUUUGUAUACGUGUGUUCUGUGUGCCUGAAGAAGUUUGUCAGUUCUGUGAGGCUCCGUGCUCACAUCAAAGAUGUGCACACAGAUCUGCAGGAGGACUCUGUUUUUAACAGUUCUAUCAACCAAAGCUUCUGCCUGCUUGAGCCAGGAGGUGACAUCCAGCCAGAAGCCCUUGGUGACCAGCAGACACAAACUGCAGGUGAAUCGACUGUCUCGAGUACUGAUGCUGUUAACACUCCACAGCCAUCUGCUGCUAAAGGUGAAUCAGCAGCUGCAGAUGUUAACCAUGAUGGUCACCAUAAUGGUGAUGUAAAAAUUGAUGCAGUCCUUUCCUUAGAAUUGGAAAAUCCUCUGGUGAAGAAUGUAGCAGAGACGCUGUGUCAGACAACAACAGACGUGGCAGUCCCAGAUGUGCAGCCCUGUGUAGCAUCAGAUUGCUUCCUGCUGAAAAAUGGUACUGCUGGCCCUGAGUUAAAAGGUACACCCCCAAAUGAAGAGGAAGUUAAUCAGUGCAGUUCUGUAAACAAGCAGGGUGAAGAAAUUCAUCUUUUACUAUCCGAAGACAAAAGUUUAAAUGUGAGUCAGAACAACGCAAUGACUGAGAACCUUCCAGUCCUUGAAGAGAGAAUCCAGUCUGUUCCUCCUGGUGAAUCAGAAACAGAUAAUCCUCCCAUUCAAAGUUUGGCAGAAACCACAGGCCCUUCGGCAGCAGCAGAGGCUGGUGCAGCCACCAGCCCCCAGGCAGCCCCUUCUAACACAGCUACAGCCAACGGGGGGAAUGGAUCCGUCGCCUUCAUGCAGAUCUUGGACAGCUUGCAGAAGAGACAAAUGAACACUGAAUUGCGUGACAGGAUAAGGAAGGUUUAUGGAGACUUGGAAUGUGAAUAUUGUGGCAAGUUGUUUUGGUACCAGGUGCACUAUGACAUGCACGUCCGUACACACACUCGAGAACAUUUAUAUUACUGCUCCCAAUGCAAUUAUUCUUCCAUCACCAAGAACUGCCUUAAGCGCCACGUCAUUCAGAAACACAGCAAUAUUUUGCUGAAAUGUCCCACAGAACAUUGUGACUACUCCACUCCAGAUAAAUACAAGCUCCAGGCACACCUUAAGGUUCACACAGAUCUGGAUAAAAAGAGUUAUUCCUGUCCUGUGUGUGAGAAGUCAUUUUCUGAAGAUCGACUUAUAAAAUCUCACAUCAAGACAAAUCACCCUGUUCACAGGCUUUUACAGUCAGCUUUUGAGGUUAUUUUCCCUGUGCAUGUGAGUUCAGGCAGGAUUUUUGUGAUUCCAUUCUGGGACCGAUCGUCAGGAGACAAGGCAGUGAGGACAGUGAAUUCACAGAUCAGGAGAGAAAGGACAGAGCAUCCUAGAAGGCCUAAAGGAAAAACAGAGGUUUCAAUGACAACUAUUUCUGAGAUUCUUGGCAGAAGAGUUCAGCUGAAAGGACUUAUUGGAAAACGAGCUGUGAAAUGUCCCCACUGUGAUUUUUAUUUUAUGAAGAAUGGUUCAGACCUUCAGCGUCAUAUUUGGGCUCAUGAAGGUGUCAAACCCUUCAAAUGUUCCCUCUGUGAGUAUGCCACUCGCAGCAAGAGCAACUUGAAAGCCCACAUGAAUCGUCACAGCACGGAGAAAACCCACCUUUGUGAUAUGUGUGGGAAAAAGUUCAAAUCAAAAGGCACUUUGAAGAGCCAUAAACUCCUUCAUACUGCUGAUGGAAAGCAGUUUAAAUGCACAGUGUGUGACUAUACAGCUGCCCAGAAACCACAGCUCCUACGUCAUAUGGAACAACACGUCUCUUUCAAGCCCUUCCGCUGUGCACAUUGCCACUAUUCCUGCAAUAUAUCUGGUUCCCUGAAGAGGCAUUACAACAGGAAGCAUCCUAAUGAAGAGUAUGUCAAUGCAGGGUCCGGGGAGCCUGCAGCUGAAGCUCUUAUCCAACAAGGUGGCAUUAAGUGUCCUGUUUGCAGCUUUGUGUACGGUACAAAAUGGGAGUUCAACAGACAUCUUAAAAACAAGCAUGGAAUGAAGUUAGUGGAGAAUGAUGGGGAGACCAAAUGGGAGUUAACUGCUGAAGUUUCUGAAGAGGCAUCCACUCAGUAUCUCCAUAUCACAGAGGCUGGAGAAGAUGUUCAAGGCACUCAAGCUGCUGUGGCUGCAUUACAGAACCUCAGAUACACUUCUGAGAGCAGUGAAAGACUGGAUCCAACAGCUGUAAACAUCCUGCAGCAGAUCAUUGAGCUGGGUUCAGAAUCCCACGAUGCCACUGCAGUGGCUUCUGUCGUUACCAUGGCACCUGGCACAGUGACAGUGGUGAAGCAGGUGAAAGAAGAGGAGCAGUCAGCCAACCACACGCUGAUGAUCCAGGAGACGCUGCAGCAAGCCUCGGUGGAGCUGUCGGAGCAGCAUCACCUGGUGGUGUCCUCAGAUGAGGUGGAGGGCAUAGAGACAGUCACUGUCUACACCCAGGGUGGGGAGGCUUCAGAAUUCAUUGUUUAUGUUCAGGAGGCUGUGCAGCCUGUGGAGGAGCAAACUGUGGAAGAAUCAGUGCAGGAGCUCUAGAGAAAAACGCUCAAAGGAGGUGAUUUCUUGAUUUGCCAAAGCCAGAGGUUGGGGUUUUUCUUGUCCCAACCAAAAGCAAGCAAGCUGAUGGAUUUUCAGUUGAUUUGUGAAGUGAUCUAACUGGUAGGAUUGUAUCAGUGACUUAGACAUAUUAUGUGCAAAACCUUCUCAGACUUUUUGUUUCUAAAAUACGCUUUUAAGGAAAAAGUAUUCAUUCUUCCCCAUCUUUGAAGAUCUCUCACUUGAUUCCUGUAAAUUCACAUGAGUAUUGUCUGUUCAAAACUGUGGUAUCCCAUGAUAAAAACCAUCUAUAAAGAUAGCUAGAGUGUCUGAAAAAGCCCAUACAUCCCAUUUUAUACAUGCUUUCAUAUAUUCCUGACUUUGCUGGAAGCAAAGUUGUUUUUUCUAUAAUUAAAAUGGCCUCGUAGCUCUGAGUACAUUCUUAGAAAGUGUCUGCCGAGUUGUAACCCAAACAAAGGCUUGAUUUAAUUAGAAACACACCACAGAUGAACUGUAGUUUCUACCUGUGAGAUGAUCCUUUGAGUCUGGAAGAUAUUUAAAGCCAUAUGUGAUAAUUCUGGGUAUCAGUAGGAUGACUGUUAUUUAGCUAUUUGAAUAUUGGUAGCUAUUUCCAUCCCUCUGAAUAAAUACCUGUCUUGUAUCAUAAGGUGAAACCAAAACUGUCAAAUCAAGGAAAUAUUCUUUUGUUUUUAAGAAAAAAAAUAUAUUCAAAAGUUUUGUAAAUGCUAAAAGAGAUGUAUGUUCAUAUGUUUUAAAUAGACAUGCUUGUAAAUAUGACUGUGUGAAAAAAUUUGUACAAAAAGCUUAAGUAAAAUAUUGAUGAGAAUCAAGAUAUUCUUAAUUAUGCAUGUAUAUAGUUCCAGAUUUUUCUUCAUGAAUCUUGAAUUGUUUCUGGUUUAAUAUUUUCAAAUUUGACCUAUAAAAUUAUUAAUAAAUAAAGAAAUGUAAUGUUUUCUUCUA